CUGCUCAAGCUGCAGAAGCUGCCCCAGGCCGAGCCUGUGGAGAUCGCGGCCUUCUCGGUCAUCCUCCUUUUCACAGGUUCACAUGGACAAACUGAUGACAAAGCAGGACAUCUGGAAUGAUGAGUUCUGGCAGAACCCCUGGGACCAGGGAGGCCUGGUAGUGAUCAUUUUAUUCAUCACCACGAUCCUGUUUCUCAUUGUGUUUGCCAUUGUAUUUGGUUUUCUCCCUCCGCUUGAGAACAUCAACCGGUGUGAAGAGUUGUGACCUGACUUUCUGGAGGCCAAGAAGGGGA